UUACAAAGUGAAACGGAUGUCAACAUUUCGAGGUGUUUCCCACUCACCGCAGAGAGAGUCAUGCAUCGCCGCCGGAGCCGGAACAGAGGUACUUUUUGAACUGUCAUGCUCUUCAUUGCGUUAUAAAUGUUAUCACAGCUAAGAUAAGACGUACAUUUUGGAAAAGAGGUUGUUGUCAGCUGUUACAUUGCCAAAAUGGCUGAAAAGUUGCUCGGACAAACUGAAAUGGACAACAGUGAAAAGGAACGUCUUAUUGAAGAGCAUGCACAGCGGAUCAUCAAAGAGUACAUUUCAACCCACAAACAAGACAUAGAAACGGACAUCUUCUACAAGAAAAGAGCAGACAGAUUGAGGGACUUUUACCUUGAUGAAACUGUGGAGGAGGAAGAAGGCCUUGGUCCCAAAGCUCACAGUACCAGCUGCCUGCUGCCAGGACCCCAGGGAUUCCAGCCAUUACUGUACACCAGCACUCCUGUCUACAAAGACAAAAAGGGAAAACAUAAGCAUCAUAAAGAACAUGAAGAGGAACCACCUGAGGACACAAGUACAGAAAAACCAGAAGAAGAUGACAGUGGCCAGUACAAGCCUCCCCGCUGGACUGUCCGAGAGGGCAGCACUGCCAGCUGGGUAGAGGAAGCCAACAAGAAGAUGCACCGUUUGAAUGUCAAAGAGGCAGAGAAGCUCUAUGAAGAUGCAGUCUUGAAGUGUCAAGACAUAUUAAAGCAAAGUAGCUUGGAUGGAGAAGAAGAAAAAGAACAAACUAAAACUCUUGUCCUGGCAUUGAUGGGACUUGCAGAGGUUUAUUGCAAAAACUGUCGGUCAACUCACAAAAGUUUGCCUUGGUAUCAGCUUUCACAGCUUAAAGCUUUGUCUCUUUAUAGGAAGGCAUUUAGUAAUUGUCACGACAUUUUAAAAACAGAACUUGAUGAUGAAUUUCAAAAGUGGUUUGAGGCACAAAUGGAAAUGGCAAACAUGAAGGUUAAAAACCAGCAUGAGUUGCUGGCAAAAAAUUUAUAUGAAAUCAUAACCAAGCCAGAAAAAAGACGGUUUCAUAGGGCCAGCAGAGGCACAGUGCGAGAUACGCCCGUUAUUAUUGAGAAUAUUACUAGCAUUCAAAAAUAUUGUAUCAAAGAACUCAUUGGCCGCUUUCUUCCAGAAAAUGAAGCAGAGGUCGAGUUUUUAAAGGAUCUAACGAUAGAUGAAAACCAAGUGUUGCUUGGUAGUGUGUCUGAGGCCCUAGAGAUGGUUGAUGGAUUAUUUCCAUUAAGCCAAGGGGAGGCAGAUGAUGUAUUUGAUGAAAAUGUAAAGGUGCUUAGAAGAAGGACUCUUUCAGGUGGGAUUCCUUCCCAUGAAUAUGAAUCCAUUUUUCCUUCACAAGGAGAUAGAGCCUCUACUCCAUCUUUUUCCAGUUCAGACUCAGAUGGCACGCUAACCCCACCAGAAGGAAAACUUUCAACUUCACUGCACACCUUGGAGUCAUAUGGUGCAGUGACCAUAAAGUCAGUCUUCCUAUCACUAGCAGAUACAAUUGUGCGCUUAGCAGAUAUAUUGUACAUGAGGAAACAGCCAGUAAAUGCAAAACUAUUGUAUUCUCAUGCCUAUGAACUGUACCAAGAUGUCCUUCCAGAGAAUGCAAAGAAUAGCACAAUUGCUUACUUACUCAGUAAUUUGGGAAAGAUUCACACCCAGUUAAAUAAUAUUCCCUCAGGACUUUUCCAUCUCCAAAGAGGCCUUGAAAUGCUCCAGUCCAUUUACCCAGACCGCCCAAAUGUAAGUGUUGCCAAUACAUUGUUCGAGUUAGGAAAUGCCUACUUAAAGCAUGUUAUGAAAGAUGAAUCCAUUUUUGAUCAUGUUUGUCUAGCCAUGAGAAAUGAACUCCACAAUGAACUGCGCCAGGACAUACUGUCUAGUGAUAUACCCCCACCCCCAGAAGGACAGACUGACAAUGAUGACUCAAAGUCAGAAGAGUCUGAGAGUGACAAACAUGCCAUAGACUUAAGCCAACCUGUGAGCUACUUUAAGCAAGCUUUAGAUGUGCUGCAAAUGCUUCAAGAUUCAGAUGGAGUUGGAGCUCCUGGAAGUGUUUUUGGUAGAGCACAUGUCAAGCUGGGAGACUGCACCUUCAUCUCUGGGAAUUAUGAAGAAUCAAUGGCACAUUUUGAAAAGGCCAAGGAAAUAUUCCAACAUUGCAAGGGUGAAGAUGUUUAUGAAGAUAACACUCAUUCCAUCUGUAUGCUUGGGGCUCUCAACUUCUUCUUGCACAACUACACACAAGCCAUUACCAUGUACCAGUGUGCCUACUUGCUGUAUUUUAGAGGAACCAGGUCUGUGAGGCCAGCCACCUACGAUUCUGCUUUCAUGUUCUCCCUAUGGGGUAUGACCUGUCUUGUCACUCGAAACUAUGAUAAGUGCAUCUCAUGGUGCAACCAAGCUUUAGAUAUAUACAAGACCUUGUAUGGUGUAUCCAUAACCCAGCUAGAGAGUAAUAAGGUUUGGGUGAUUUGUGAGACCCUCUACUCCUUAGGAUUGUCCUAUCUGAAAAUUGAACAGUUUGAAAAAGCCCUGGACAACAUUGACCUAGCCUAUACAUAUUUGAACCGAGUCACUUGUGCAGAUGCAAAGCAGUUGGUGAGAGUCCUGAAAGCACUAGGGGACUGCUAUAAUGCUAAAGAAGAGCACGAAAAUGCUCUAAUGUACUACAACAAGGCCCUAGAGUUGGCAGGACCAAUUGAAGGAUCAUCCCCAGCAAGAGAGAUAACAGCCCAAAUUUUACAGAACCAGCUACUCAGCAACAGUGCAAAUGUUCACACCACAAUGCGUCAGUACAACAGAACAUCUGAAUACCUUCAGAAAGCCAAAAGCAUUGAGAAGACUCUGAAAGAGGACAUUGAAGCAGAUAUGGUUGGCCUGAUGCACCAGCUGGGACAAAUCCACACAGUGUUGGGAGACAUAGAUAAGGCAAUUGAAGCUUACCAGGAAAGCCUGGAUGCAUACAAACAAAUGUAUGUUACCAUUGGUCCGGAGAUGGCUGUCACCCUGGGGAACAUGGCAUCAGUAAUGACCUACAAAGCACAAUCUUUGCUCAAUGAAACAGAAAGAAUGAACUUGCUCCAGGUUGCAAAUAGUCAUUUCCAACAAGCUGUAGAUUUGGAAUACAAUGCCAGGGUUUAUGUGGAUUAUGCCACCUUUCUCUUAAGCCAAAAAGAUUAUGCAGAGGCAGCAGAACUUCUGAUUGAUGUUCUUCUCCAGCCAGAUGAUUCAGAAGUUGUUUUUGGGAAAGUUGAACAGUUUACCCUGCCAGUCAAUCUCCAGAUGGAAAUAGCAGUUCAGGAUGAAGUAAUCCUACCUAUGACUGUGUAUUCAAAGUACUUGUCUAUUAUCUGUUACAGACACAUUGGUUUAUGGAAUGAUGCAACAGAUUGUCUGAUAAGUCUUUUAAAUGAAGUUUAUCUGUCAAAUUCUUCAUGUCAAUUUGCAGUGCUUGGUUAUGCCAUGAUGGAGCUUGGUUUAUUUCUUGAAGCAGCAGAUGUUUUUCUAAAGGCUAGUACCAUGCAGCCUUUAUCUGAGCUUUCAGCUGGGAAUAGACUGUUUUGCAUUUAUGCUGAGGUUUGUGUUACUCUUAGUAAAGGAUUUGUAAAUCUUUUGGAGUAUGUCGACAGGCACAUGACCAUUCCAAAGUCAAAGUUCAAGAAGGUGGAAGAUGUUGAUGCAAAUGAAGGAGUCCAGCUAGGAAAAACUUUCCCAGAGGCAGCAGGUCCAAAGUCCAAACAGAGAGCUUUUACAAAGAACUUCUCCAAACAAGAGAAAAGGCCAUACCGAACCAAACCUUCAGCCAGCAGAGCAAGAGCUGUUAACUCUGAAGAGACGUAUAGUACUCCACUGCAAGACAAGUUUUCUGAGUUGCAAGAAAAAUAUGCCAGGUCAGAUGUACUACAGCGGAUCCGUGAACUGCAGAUGAUGGAUAAUGCUAGAAAGCACCAAACUGCAACUUUUAUUGAUGAAGUGGAACAUUCUGAAGAAAAACCUGCAGUUUUGAUAGGAAGGGAACCAUCUGCAGAUGAAUCAGAGGGUGUGGAGAAAGAGUCUUGGGAAGGUGUAUGGGAAAGGCCCAUUGGAGAAAUGAGUGAAUAUGAAGAAGAAACCUGGGAAAAUUCUACCGAAGGCAAUGCUAGAAAUAUUUCAGUCAACAAGUUAGUUCCAGGGGAAAAAACAGAAGAAAAAGAAGAGAAUGAAGUAGAAACUUGGGAGGAAACAGUCAUUGUCAAGCCUUCUAUUGUAAUUGAUUAUAAAAUGCCAAACCAAAGGACAAGCUACAACUCAUAUGAAGUUACAGAAUUUCCCAGUGAGGGACCUUCAUCAAGUGAAUACCAGAUUGAGAACAAUGUGGCAGAUCAAAAAGAAGAGGAUGAAUUAAUUUUUGAAACUUGGGAAGAAGAGACACCAGUAGAAAGCUCUGCUUUUACCACUGCAAGCACACUUGAGAAUGAAAGCGUUGAUAAAGAAGAAGAAACAGUUGAAAUGUGGGAAGAAAUUGUUCCGGCUCCAGAAGAAAAACUAUCGUCUUCUUCCCCAUCUUCAGUAAGUGAAGAGGAGUAUACCAUUUUCGAGGAGGUUUUUAAUCCAGAUACAGGACAUUGGGAGAGAGUAGCAGUGGCAUCAGUGACCACUUCUCCACAAAAGGGUGAAGAAGAAAAUGACCAGUACGAAAAAGAAGAAUCUGUGCAGUAUGAGGAGGAAUAUGAUGCACAACUUGGAAGAUGGGUUCAGAAACAGAUUAUCACCAUAACAGACAGAGACAGCACCCCAACAAGAGACACCUCCCCAGGAUCAGAUGUCACUGUAACUGCCGAGGAAAUGGAAGAAUUUUAUGACCCCAAAACUGGAAAAUGGUGUAAGAGAACAAAAUACCAGACCCCUAUAGACAGUACCUGGGAUAACGAUAACAGUCCGAGAGGUGGGACCUGGAGGCAUGAAAGAAUAGCAGAUGCUAACCAGAUUUCCCAAAGUACUGAAUUAGGCCAAAGGACUUUCCAUAAGACAAUUGCUGAGGGAAAAGCUUUUGACUAUCGGCCAGUAAAACAAAAUCUUACACCUGUGUUCAACAUAGAAGCAAAUCAACAACAACAUGAUGAAGUUGAAGAAUUUGAAGAAAUGUAUGAAGAAGUCUUUGACCCUGUUACUAGAAAAUGGAUACGAAAGACUCUAUCACCUCCCAGCCAAGUUGCACCGUUGACAGAAACCAACAAUAACAUGGCAAAUGGGCACAGAGAAAACUAUUUCUACAGUAAUAGAGAAACAAUAAACAAUUGGAAAAACCGGGAUGAAGAUGAGGAAAACUACUAUGAAGAUGAUAGUGGGUUUGAAGAGGUUUAUGAUGAAAAGACAGGCCAGUGGAUUCGCACUUCUUUAGGGCACUAAAUCUGGACCAAUAUCUAAGUUGUGUAGAUAUGUAACAUUAUAGAUUUAUGGUCACUUAAUGUUACUUGUUUUUAAUGUUUUUCCUGUAUUAAAUGCAUAUUAUACCAGUGGGGUAGUGUUUUGAAAAUACUGUUGGUUAUUGUAGGUGAAACUUGCUUUAAAGACUAGGCAGGGGCAUUGAUUAUUUUCACAUUAGAAACUUAGAUGCAUAUGGAAUUGAAAGCUUCAUGUCAUAUAUAUAUAUAUACAUUGUAUAACUAUGUUACUGGCAGAUCUAGUAGGUCACAUUUUCAAAGUAAAGUUGUUUAAAUGUAGCUCUGUUGUGUAUAUUGAUUCACAAGGAUAAUAUACCAUGCACAUAAUUAUAUUGAUUAUGAUAUGAGGAUGCUUUUACUGCCAAAAUCAUUGUUAAAAUUCUCAAUCCCAAGCGACGCAUACACAUAACUAAAGCACACAUUGAUUAUGCUGUGAUCUUUUAAGGUUAGGAAGCUGUUAUUAGCUGACAUUUUAUUCCAACAGUUGCUGGUAUUACAAGUUAUUAUUUUAGUAAAAAUGGAAUUUUCCAUUGAUAUUACUGUUGUACCUUUGUCAAUCUCUACUUCAAGAGUUGCAAAAAAUAAGGUUUUAAAUGCCAAUUUAGUUAUGGCAUGCAAUUCCUUGUACAUCUGAAUGCAAAUUUGGGCAGCAGUUACAUUUUAUCAGAAAAGUUUUGCCCUUAGUGACAUUUGAUCAUUGAAUGCUUGCCAUUACUUGGCAGUUUAUUCUUGUUCAUUUAAAAGAUAUGAGUUCCUGUAUAAGAAAGAGGAUAGUGCAAUAGUGGGACAAAUGAAAAUGAUUUAUGAAUUAUUACUUGUAUCUUUUUUAUCUGCAAAGAUAUCUGAUAGAAAAUUACACACAUUCUUUAAUUUGGUAACUACUAGUAUAAUGUCAGAAACUAAAAAGGGUUAUGAAAUGAACCGGUUUGUUGACAUAUUUAGCAGAAAUGAUCACAUUAAAGUGAUGAUUAUAUUAAUUCUUGACUUGGUGCUCUUUCAAAUAUGAAACUUCUCAAAAAGGAAUAAUGCUAUGGUGCCCUGCAUACAUUUUGAUGAUACAAGAUAUUAUAUAUGCUUUUGUCAUGUUUUAUAGCAAUAUUUGCUGCAUUUAAAAUGCAUAUUAUACAACUAUUUUACCAUUUUAUUCAUAAAAUAUUAUUCUUUAUUAUUCUGCUAUUUUAAGUCUGCUUUUAUAUCUCUAAGCAUUGUGCUUGUCUGUCUGUGAUGUUUGAGAAUAGGUCUUCCGCUCAUACCCAAAAAUAUGUAGAAUUCAGCAGAUUUCUCAUCUUCACCAGGUUGUUGCCAUUUGUAUACGAUUAUUGAGUAAGUUAGGUCAAAGUCAUUGUUGUGGGAGUCAUUUAAGUAAACCAUAAAGAUUUUGUUAGGAAAUACAUUGUCAAUGGAAAAUAUUAACUUUCUCAUUUUCUGGAGAAUAUGGACGAGUUUUUAUCUAUUAGAGAUAUAUUUUGUACCACAAAUGUUGCAUGUUAUAAGAAUGUCAUUUAAACUUGAAAUAUAGAUCAAUAUAUCAA